ACCUUCAUCUUCCAAAUGGUUAUCUACAUGGGCGUGGUGCUCUACGCACCCGCGCUGGCCCUCAACGCAGUGACGGGCUUUGACCUCUGGAGCGCGGUGCUGACCAUGGGGCUGGUCUGCACGCUCUACACUACGCUGGGUGGGCUGAAGGCCGUCAUCUGGACAGAUGUGUUCCAGACGCUGGUGAUGCUGGCGGGGCAGGUUGCCGUCAUCAUGGUGGGCGCAUGGCGGGUGGGGGGCAUGGCCCGUGUCUGGCGCGUGGCUGAGCAGGAGGGCAAGAUCUCCGGCAUUGACCUGGACCCCAACCCCCUGGAACGUCACACCUUCUGGUCGCUGGCCGUGGGUGGGAUCUUCAUGAUGCUCUCGCUGUACGGGGUGAACCAGGCACAGGUGCAGCGCUACCUCAGCGCCCGCAGCGAGCGGGAGGCCAAGCUGUCCUGCUAUGCCGUGUUCCCCUGCCAGCAGAUUGUGCUCUGCCUCAGCUGCCUCACCGGCCUCGUCAUGUUCGUCUAUGACCGGGAGCACCCGCUGGCACCCAGCCAACGCUACGCCUCCUCUGACCAGCUGGUGCUGUUCUUCGUCAUGGACGUGCUGCGGGACCUGCCGGGGCUGCCCGGGCUCUUUGUCGCCUGCCUCUUCAGCGGUGCCCUCAGCACCAUCUCCUCUGCCUUCAACUCACUGGCCACGGUGACCAUGGAGGACCUGGUGCGGCCGCACUUCCCCGGGCUGUCGGAGUCGCGGGCCACGCUGAUCUCCAAGCUGCUGGCUCUCGGUUAUGGGCUGCUGUGCCUGGGGAUGGCGUAUGUGUCCUCCCUGCUGGGACCUGUGCUGCAGGCGGCCAUCAGCAUCUUCGGCAUGGUGGGGGGUCCACUCCUGGGGCUCUUCUGCCUCGGCAUGUUCUUCCCCUGUGCCAACCCCACGGGAGCUGUCGUGGGGCUCCUGGCUGGACUGGUCAUGGCCUUCUGGAUAGGCAUUGGCAGCUUCCUGCACAGCACAGCGGGGGCCAAGGGGGUCUCCCCAGCCAACAGCACAGCACUGCCCACUGUGGGCAACCUCAGCACUGUCCUGGCUACCACCCUGCUGCCCCCCACAUCAGCACCCCCAAGGCCCACCGGGCUGCAGCGCUUCUACAGCCUGUCCUACAUGUGGUACAGUGCCCACAACUCCACCACUGUCAUCCUGGUGGGGGUCCUGGUCAGCCUGCUCACUGGCCCCACGCCGCCGGCGGCACUGGACCCCCGCACCAUCUCCCCCGUGCUGCCAUGGCUGCUCUGCUGCCUGCCCCCCAAAAUCCGGCAGUGGUUCUGCUGUGGGGGAGGCGACCCUGUCCAGGGCCCCAGCCAUGUGGACGCCAUGGAGAAGAACAACGGGGUGCCCAAUGGCCUGCUCCCCCCCGGCCCCGACCAGCAGGGGAAGGAGGAAGGACAGGGGUACAUCCGCAAUGCUGGUGCCCCCAUGUACACCGUGCAGGAAACCUCUUUCUGAUGCCCCCAGCAUGGGGGUCUUGGCCACACCCCUGCUCAGGGGGUGCAAACCCUGCUGGGGCAUCCACAGACAGCUGGGGAGUGCCAAAUGUCAGGCGGUUGGGUCUCUGUGGGGAGACUGGUGGGCUGCCCCUCCGGGGGCUCUGGGACCAUGGCCUGGGGAUGUUGGAGCGAUGCCCCCCUCUCCGGGCCAGGACAUCGUCCGGUACCCCCGGCCCAGCCACGUGCCUUACACACUGCUCCAGGGCUGGGGGCUGCCCGGACCCCUCAGGGUGCCGAGUGCUCCCCCAGCCCCUGUCACCUGUCUUUGUGUCUGGUGUCCCCCCAAUAAAUGUUUCUGGAGCACA